UUAAUGGGCAGAACGCUUACAAAUCAUAGGCAGGCUGCGAUCGGGAAUGAGAUCGGGAAGCGUGCACCUAUUUAUUUACUACCUGGCAUCUCUGUGUCAUGCAUUCGUAGGCAGCAACUGGGUAGCACUGUCGGUUAGGUUUCAAGCAGAUUUGUUUGCUCACUUAAUCCGCAGUUCUCUCUCUCCCUUGCGUUGGAAAAAAUGGUCAUUCGUGUGUUCAUCGCCUCCUCUUCUGCCUCUGUUGCGAUCAAGAAGCGGCAACAAGAAGUUGUGGGAUUCUUAGAAUCCAACAAAAUUGAAUUUGAAGAGAUUGACAUAACAAUGUUAGAAGACCAGAGAAGGUGGAUGUACCACAACAUUCCACAGGAGAAGCAGCCUGCCAAAGGAAACCCACUUCCACCUCAGAUAUUCAACAACGAUGCAUACUGUGGAGAUUAUGAUGCUUUCUUUGAAUCAAAGGAGAACAAUACAGUCUCCACAUUUUUUGGUUUAAAACCAAAAUCAACAUCACGGGACUCUGAACCAUAGUUCUCUGAAGACCCAUCUUUAACCUGAACCAUUUGCCUCGUGCGGAGCUGGCUCUAAGCUUGGCUGUUCAUUAUCAAAAAUCUUUAUAGAUCCAGCACAAUAAAAGCCACUCGUGUGUUCACCAAUCAUUGCUUUAUAAUCCGGUCUACCACAAUUGAUUUUUUUUACCGGGAUGUAUCACAUGGGAGGUAGUAUUGGUCAUGUCACCUAGACCUGGGAACAGUCAAAUGUUUUUUCACUUGGAUAGUUCUUGUUUGCUGAUUGCCAUUUUGCCUUAUUGUUUCUUGGUUUGCUUGAGCAGUAUUUUGUCUGUCUUACUAGUCUGCCUUUGCUAACAUUGGAAACACAACUUUAGUUAAAGAGAUAUUGCUUGAGUUACCAUCAGCAGUGAUACAAGGAAGAUCUCCUAAUUUUACCACUUGUGUACUGUGGGUGGGGAAUAACAGAUAAAUAGAUAACAGUUGUAUGGUUAUAACCUGUUUAUUGUGAUAUUAAAAAUAGCACAAUACUACUUCUAAGAAUUUCAGUUUUGUAGGCAGUAAGGUUUUGAGAAUUUGGUCAUGUUAUGUCUGCCUCUGUAUUAGAAAACAUGCUAAGAAUAUUUCUGGCAUGAUGCCAGUAAAUGUUUGCUGCAAAGAAGUGAUACUAAAUCACAUCACUGAUAAAAAGGCAUAGUUGGAACUUUCCUCCCAACUAAGAUAUUGAUUUGCAAUUGCUAUCUAUUCUUGUACUUGAUAUCUUUCAAGAUCCGUUUAAUUUAACAUCAAUUGCACUAGCCAGAAUUCUUUUGAUUGUAGAUCAGCAGAUAUUUAUUGUAGAUGAGCAGGCAGGUACAUUUAGAGAUGCAAUUUGUUUCCAAUGCAGUGGUAAAUUUAUAAGCUUAUUAGAUUUUUUUUGUGAGUGAUAAUCAUGUCUAUUAAGAAAUAGAAACACAAAUAUUGUAGACAUAAAGGGUAGGAAAGGAUGCCUAAUCAAAAUGAGGAAGUGGAGUAGAUGUCUGUAAGCCUUAUUACUAAAUUACCUAACCUCCUAGAAACAUUUCCACAGACACGGCUGCACUUGGACCAUUCAAAUCAACUCCUGUCAUAUGUUAGAGAAAAAUAAGUCCAGAAAGAGCACAAAGUCUAAGUUUACAAUAAACAUGUACCGGAGUUAGCUGGAAUUCUUCAACUCUGUCACAAUCCCCAUAUCCUGAGCAUUGAGGAAACAUCAUUGGUGUGAGCACAAGGUAUGUAGUGGAGACAAGGUAAAGGAGUCUCAUUAUAAAAUACAGUAGUAAUGUGGAUAAUCCAUGCUUUCUGUUAGUUACCUUAUCAAUAACAAUAACAAUAUAAUAAAUCCUAUACUUGCAGAGUGAAUGGUUUUCUAAGUACUGCUAACCCAUGUUUGGCUGUUCUGCUGUCACAAUAAUUUGGAAAAUGUUCCAUUUAGAACUUUAAAUUCCUAAUGAAAACUUGUUUCCCAAGUGCUUCUUUGUUUUAGAAAGGCAAGAUGUAAUAAAUGUAAUUUUAUUGAACUCAAUCAUUGUCACAUUGGCAUUCAGUACUACUCUGAUGAACUUAAGCAUCUGUCUCUUCCUGAUAAACACAAAAAAUGGGGAAAUAGUUAAUUUCCAUGAAGACAGUAUAAUUUCUGCCCAUCUAUUUUGAAGCCUAUUUGGAAUGCAUUCUGCCUCAUGAAUAUUAUCUACAAUCCAUGAUUCUCCUUCAGUUUUCUUGUCAUCCAUGAGAACUGACAAGGCUGGCUAACACCUCUUUCAAUCUGUUGGUGGCUUUAAGGCAUCUUGCUUUACAAGAAUGAGAUACAAUUAAAAUUUUGAGUUUGCUUUUAUGGUCCACAAUAAGAAAACAUCCAUUGCAUCCUACAACUAAAUUUGCAAAUUCCUAAGGUCUGUCAGUCCCAAAUCUUUAUCGAGCUUCUCCAGAGUCCUGUGAUAACUUUGGCAGAGAAUGAGCAAAUUUCCUGGAGAAGUGGAAUAAUUAGCUGAUAAAUGGAUGCCACCCAGAUGUUUUGCAGAAAUUAUGGUGAGACAGAGAUUACGCCCCUUUGGCAGUUUUAGGACCAUUGUCUGCACUGUGAUUCAAUUAGAGUCAACCUUGGGCUUCUUUGUAUGCUUUUGCAUUCCAGGACCAGCUUCAAAAAAAUUAUCCUUUGUAUGUAAUGUAACUAUUGUCUCAUUCAUUUUAAUUUUAAAUAAUAUUGCCUGUAAUUUAAUACACAUGACCCCCAGCUUUGCUACCCAUGCUCUCGUUCUUGUGGUUUGUUCAACAUUCUGUGCAGUGCUUACCUUGACAUAUGUUAAUUGUGGGGAACCUGACUGAAGAAUGCUUGAGAAGGUCUCCCUGUAUUCCUGUAGGCAUAAAACCCUGCAGUCAGCGCAGCUGUUAAUUCUGGUGAAUCAAGACUUUGUGUACGAACUGAAGUGCCCCACAGUUAGCAAAGGUCUUACCAAAGCAUGAAAAUUAUGCUAAACAUUUAGAAAGCUGUACAUCACAAUAAAGCAUUGCAUUAAAUUUAGGUCACUAUGAAGUAAUACACAUUAAUUACCUUUACCAUUAAUGCUUUAGGCUUUCUUUUUAACUGAUGUGUCACUGUCUGUACACUAACAGGGAUAUUCAAACAUUGCAGAUAACUGAGGGAAUACUUUUCACCUGCUUGUCAGUGGUUCUAAUAUAGAAGAUCUGCGGAAUGCAGAAAAAUAUGUUUAUCCAUUUUUCAGAAUUUAUGCAGUUCUUUAAAGAAAUUAGCAGCAGACAAACAAAAAAUUCCUGAUCAAUGUUCACCCUCUAGGAGUGCUUUGCACUGAAGACUAAAUUUACUGCUAUUUCAGCAGUAAGUCAAAAAAGUCUUAUUACAACAAUGGGGUAGUUCUGACAUGAGAAAACACAUUUGAUACUGAGGUGAUUAGAAUGGAGUUAAUGCAGUACAAUGCUUUAGCUCCUAAUCAGGCAACCAACACAGUGGGUAUCAGUACAGGGGUGCUUCUAAAAUCUAAAAGGAAAUUGAUUGCUUCCUUCUAUGAUUUUCAGACUAAAUGCUUGAAAAUUGUCAGAUAACCUGGUAGUCAGUUUUCCAGUAGACAUCUUAGAAAGUUGCUUUAUUGUGAACUGUUUGGCUUUCCACAAUGUUUGUUGAUGCUAAGGGAACUCAAUAUCAAUUUGGCAUGGUUAAAUUGUCACUCAAAAAGUGACGCAUUAUUUGCACUGUACUAAUUUCCUUAUUUUGUAUUUUACAUCAAGUACAAUAUGUCUGAAAGGUGAAUUAUUCAUAGAGGUAUGGCAUAUAGAUAAAAGAAUGAAAAGAAAUGCAAGCAAAAUAAAUUGUGUACAGCCAUUUCAUGCACAGGCUAGCUAUAUUCUCCUGUGGCCUACACAGACUGCUGACUCUCUUCAAAGAAACAAAAUAAAUAUUUGUUCCAGUAAUGGAAUCAAGAUUUUAAGGAUAAAGGGAACAAGAAGUGAAUACAUUUUCUGUGGGAACAAAAUGGUUUGUGUACCACUAAGGCAUGGAUAAAUCACUUGGGGAUUACAACGAGUUAGAAUUGUAAGUGAGGGUUGAUGUCCUUAUGUGACCUUCCUUCAGAAUUAGAUUUUAUUUUACAGAGUAUUUGAUCAACUGAGUUUUUAAGGUUUGCAACUUCCAGUUAGUAUUUUUAAUUUUUUCAAUCCUUUUAGUGGUCCUUUAAGAACAAACAUUCACAUUAUUUAUAUUAAUGUCUGUUCACAUUAUACAAAGGUAUUGUGCAACUUCAUCACCUAGAUAUUUUAAAAUCACCUAUACUCACAUUGUCAGUCAUCUACAGUGAACCAGCUAUCUUGAAAGGUUACACAUUGAAACAAGCAGUGCUUUUGUGAUGAAGAAAUAGCUGUGACUCUACCUUGCAAUAAAACUAGAUCCUGCAGUCCUGGUCUUGAGUCAUGAGCCAGGAUGAUCAGUAAAUAGCAGGUCCCAGUGGUUUUAGAAUCUGUUGAAGUUAUUACUUGUUAUAGUUCCUGAUAUAGUUGCUGGGUAAAGCACCAAAGCCGGUAAGAUAUGGACUGAGGAUUGAUCUCAUCAAAUUAUGACCGAAGUGGAAAGUACAGGAGGAACUUACAUUUUGUUAUAAUUCUCAUUCAUUCCUUUGCAAAAAAAAUCAUCUAUAUCCUGUUCUGAUAUCUGUUUCUGUGUCUUUCAAUGUAUUCUUAUGGUACCAAUAUCAGUAAAAUUUAAACUUUGAAAAACCUCUCCAUUUGCAGUUUUUAAAUAUAAUGAAACCUAAUAAGAAUGUACGAUGACUAUGACUUAAAACAUAAUAUUUACAAAGAGAGACUGUAAGAUGUGGGUUUGGUUAUUUCCUUUAGUCUCCAUUGUUAAUGUUGAUUUACACAUAAUUCUGCCCACUUUUACAUUGAGCAUAUGCUAUUGAAGUAGGUAGGAUGUCUAAGUGUAAUUUAGCACUGAUGGAAUGAGUGCAUAAAUGGGUAGAACUUCGAUGUGUCCCCUCAGGAAUUGUUUGGCUAAUCUGUGCACAUCCACUUACUAUUUUAAAGCUAGAGUUCUUCCAUUUGUAUUCUAAAUCAAAAACAAAAAGAUGAAAAAAAACCUGAAGGAGAUGAAUCUGUUGAAUUUAAAUAUAUUUUAGGUGAAAGUAAAAAUGCUGGUGUUGCAAACUGCGUUUAAUUUUUUCACUGAAGGUCCUGUGUAACUAAUCAUAAUUCAGCUUAAACUAGGUUACUGAAAACUUAUUAAUGCAUUUAGUAAGGUUUAAAACAAUGCCUGUCUGUCUGCUCAAGUGUCCUAUGGAUGUAUUUAUAUAGUUGUUACAGAUUUUGAAUGCAAGAGUUUGAAUUUUGUGUAUACUUUCCAUUGUCUUCACAUUACAAUAAUGUC